UAUGUCUUGGGACAGAUAUGAAGCUGGCUUUACCCUCCAGUCUCGAGAAUCAUUAUGAGAUGCUCAGGCUGCUGUACACGGGCUGUCAAGUUGUUCAUGGUAACCUGGAGAUCACGCAUUUGCAGGGAACUCCAGACCUCUCCUUUUUGCAGGAGAUUGUGGAGGUUCAGGGGUAUGUGCUGAUAGCUCACGUCUCAGUGGGUUCAGUUCCUCUGGACAAUCUGCGGAUCAUACGAGGCAGUCAGCUGUAUAACUCCAGCUACGCUCUCGCAGUGCAUAACAACAUCAACCAGAGUCAGCUGGGACUCGGCCUGAGAGAACUACGCCUCAGGAGUCUUACAGAAAUCCUGCUCGGCGGGGUUUAUAUUUGGGGAAAUCCUCUACUUUGCUUUCCCCAGAAGAUUAAUUGGAAAGACACCGUUCCAACACUUGAAAACAAACUGUUGUACCUGCAAGACAUUCCAAAGAACUGUCCUCGAUGUUCUUCUUCUUGUUCUGUGUCCGGUGGAUGUUGGGGAGAAACAGAUCAGGACUGCCAAACAUUGACCUCUGUGCAAUGCUCGUCUGGCUGUCGGCGCUGUAAGGGUCCGAAUCCCAACGAUUGCUGUCAUGUGCAGUGUGCUGCCGGGUGCACAGGGCCGAAAGACUCUGAUUGUCUGGCCUGCCGUCACUUUAAUGACAGUGGGACGUGUAAAGACAACUGCCCCCCGCCCACCAUCUACGACCCAACCUCCUUCCAAUCCAAACCUAACAAGGACAAAAAGUUCAGCUUUGGAGCCACAUGUGUUAAACAGUGUCCCCAUAACUAUUUGGCCAUGGAAGUGGCAUGUACAAUGGUCUGUCCUAAAUCUAACAAGGAAGUCAUCACUGUCGACCCAGAUGGACAAGAAUCACAGAAAUGUGAAAGGUGUGAGGGAGAGUGUCCAAAAGUGUGUUAUGGGCUAGGAAUGGGAAGCCUUCAGGGGGUGACAGUGGUGGACUCCACCAACAUUGGCAUGUUCAUUGGCUGUGAGAAGAUCUACGGCAGUUUGGCUUUUCUUUCAGACUCCUUCAAAGCCAAUGCAGUUACCAAUUCAUCUGGACUGCAGUUGAGUGACCUCGAGAAGUUGAAGUCGAUUAAAGAAAUCACAGGAUAUCUGUACAUAGAUGCAUGGCCAGAUUAUUUGCUUAAUCUGAGUGUUUUUGAAAACCUGAAGGUGAUCAGAGGAAGAAUGCUUUACAAGGGUGUUUUGUCUUUGGGAGUUCAGUCUUUGCAGAUCGAGUCUCUCGGGUUGCGUUCCUUGCGCAGUGUCACCGGAGGUUUAGUACUGUUUCAUAAUAACUCCAGACUGUGCUACACCUCCUCUUUGCCCUGGUCUCCCAUGCUCCACCCCACACAGGCACACAACCUCAUCAGCAGCAACAACCAAGACCCGCAAACAUGUGUUUCAGAGGGGAGAAUCUGUGACCCCCUGUGUGCGGAUGCAGGCUGCUGGGGGCCGGGACCAGGUCAGUGUGUGUCGUGUGUGAAUUACAAACGUGGGACGGAGUGUGUGGAGCAGUGUAAUGUCCUGCAGGGGUCAUUCCGGGAGUUUGUGGAUGGAUUUAACUGUGGUCCUUGUCAUCCAGAGUGUCGACCAGUCAACGGCUCUGCCUCCUGUACAGGCCGAGGUCCGGAUCAGUGUAAGGAGUGUAUGCACUUUCAAGAUGGAGACGUGUGUGUUGAGCGCUGUCCCAGUGGGGUGAAAGAGGACCAGCACACAGUGUGGAAAUACUUCAAUGCUACGAAUCACUGUUUGCCCUGUGAGACCAACUGCAGCGUCUCCUGUCCAUUGGAUGAUAGAGGGUGCCCGAUACUACAGAAAGCUGGGCCUGGGACAACAGUCGCAAUCACAAUUGGCGGAGUGUUUCUCUUUAUCAUUUUGCUGGCGCUGCUGGUGUUUUACCUGCGACGACAGAAACACCAGAAAAAGAAAGAAAUCAUGAGGAGAAUUCUUCAGGAACAUGAGCUGGUGGAGCCACUGACCCCGAGCGGAGCGAUGCCGAACCAGGCUCAGAUGCGUAUUCUCAAGGAGACAGAGCUGAAGAAACUCAGAGUGCUGGGCUCUGGAGCCUUUGGCACAGUCUAUAAGGGUAUAUGGGCUCCUGAUGGGGAAAACGUCAGGAUCCCAGUGGCCAUCAAAGUUUUGCGUGAGAACACCUCGCCCAAAGCCAACAAAGAAAUCUUGGAUGAGGCAUAUGUGAUGGCGGGUGUAGCGAGCCCACAUGUGUGCCGCUUGCUUGGCAUCUGUCUGACAUCAACAGUUCAGCUGGUUACUCAGCUCAUGCCAUACGGAUGCUUGUUGGACUAUGUCAAAGAAAACAAGGACCGGAUCGGCUCUCAUUACCUCCUCACCUGGUGUGUACAGAUUGCGAAGGGAAUGAGUUACCUUGAAGAAGUGAGGCUGGUUCACAGAGACCUUGCUGCUAGGAAUGUUCUAGUCAAAAACCCAAACCAUGUGAAGAUUACAGACUUUGGGCUUGCCAGACUGCUGGACAUAGAUGAGAAGGAGUACCACGCCGAUGGGGGAAAGGUGCCAAUCAAAUGGAUGGCGCUGGAGUCCAUAUUACACAGAAGGUUUACUCACCAAAGUGAUGUAUGGAGCUACGGGGUGACUGUAUGGGAGUUGAUGACCUUUGGCAUGAAGCCAUACGACCUCAUACCAGCGCGGGACAUUCCAGAACUCCUGGAGGGGGGAGACAGACUCCCCCAGCCGCUUAUCUGCACCACGGAAGUCUACAUGAUCAUGGUCAAUUGUUGGAUGAUCGAUCCUGACAGUCGACCGCGAUUUAAGGACCUGGUGGAGGAAUUUACCAACAUGUCACGUGAUCCCCCACGUUUUGUAGUCAUCCAAAAUGACGAUCAGAUGAGUUUGUCGAGUCCUGUUGAAAGUGAGUUCUUCCGCAGGCUGAUGGCAGAGGAGGGGGGGAACGUGAAAGAGUUACUGGAUGCGGAAGAAUACCUGGUGCCUCAGCCCGGCGGCAUCUUCAGCUCGCAAGGAGAAAUGAGAGCCAACGGACCCAGCAGACACCACUCUCAUCGGAGUACAGAUCAAGGUUUAGAGGUGGAUGGUAUGCCAAGCGGGAGGGAUUUGUACUCCUCCGUCAGCACGCUGGGGCAGAGUCAGUACCCAACUCUUCCUGUUGGGGCAACAGCCAAUGCUAUGUGGUCUGGGACACAGUAUCCAACUUUAGUACGGAGCAUAUCACACCUUUCCGCUGGAGGCCAAUCGGACUCUGUGUUUCUGGACGGCUACGUGGAGGACAAUGGCCCUCCAUCCAGUCCUGGUCGUUAUUCUAAAGACCCUACCGUCCCCAACGGCAUAGAUGGAGAGAUGGAGACCUGGAGAACGGAUGGCCCUACUGGCUUUCUUUCAAACACACUGCCACGUGGAGCGCACACACAACCUGAGUAUGUGAACCAGGACGUCCCAUCAGAGCGUCCCAGCACGCUUCCACGCAAAGCGAGCGAGAGGAGAUUCAUUAACGGUCUUUGUACAGGGAACAGUGUGGAGAAUCCUGAGUACCUGGUGCCUAUGGGCAGCAUCUCACCCACCUCUCCUGCCUUCGACAACCCCUACUAUCAUGAUCUCGCAGCUAAAGCUCAGGCAGUCGCCAGAGCGUCCAUAAACGGAGGUACGAAUCACAGGCAGCCCAAUGGUUACAUGACCCCCACAGCAGAAAACCCAGAAUACCUGGGCUUAGCAGAGACAUGGAGUGGUCAAAUGGAGUAUACUUGAGAGGAAUCAUUCAGUACAGUUUGUGCGCAAGCGUGUGGAGAUGAAUGUUUGGGUGGGAUUUUGUGAAGGACGUUCCCAAUGGGAAUGGUUUCUAAUGGCUUUCUAUUAAAUUACAAUAAAAACCUAUGUAGCAUUCUGUGGAGUUUGAACUUGAAGAUGGAUGCAUUUCCAGUCUUUGCCAAAAUCAUCUGACAAAAGCACGGUACGUUUUUUAACACUGGAUGAUGUCUGUGGAUAUAUGUAAUACACUAAGGAUUUUCAUUUGAAUUUUUCAUUUUG